AUGUCGUUAAACCAGCAUCAAAUCAAGCUUCACAAUGAUGGUAGAGAAUUCACCACAUUGAGCAACUUGCCCCUCUCCGCAAUUGACGCCCAAGAUUUCGACCGUGUCAUCAUUUUGCUUCACGGAUUCCCUGAUGUCAACACCACAUUUAACAAAGUAUGGCCAUUGUUGCUCUCCCACUUCAAGGAAAAGGUUUUACUCGUUGCUCCCAAAUUGAGAGGAUACGAAAAGUCAAGCAUUGGACCUGAACACGAGUACAUGUUACCUUACCUUGCUGGAGAUGUUAAAGGUUGGAUCCACGAGAUCAAUCCUCAAUUGGACAAGCCUGUGCAUCUCGUUGGUCAUGAUUGGGGUGCUAUUAUUGCCUUCAAGACGGCAAAUUUGUAUCCGCAAUUGAUUACAUCAAUGGUUACAUUGGCAAUUCCUUAUUUAGCCAAUGUUAGGGGUUAUGAAUUGUUGUGGCAUGCACCUGAACAAUUGUACUUGUCAACCUACUUCUUCACCAUGCAGUACCCAUGGCUAUACAAGUCAAAAUUGACAGAGUCCAAUGAUUACUUGACAUAUCUCUGGAAAUACUGGUCACCAGAUUACAGUGUGUCUCAAGAGGAAAUUAGUGAAGUCAGAGAUACAUUCAAGAGAGAUGGCGUAGUUGAUGCAGUAACGGCAUACUAUCGCCACUUGUUCCGCCCAUUGUCAUUUUGGAAGUCAAGAUGGCCGGUGGAUUUUACAAAAGUGCCCACAUUAAUUUUGAAUGGAGAAAAUGAUGGCUGCAUGUCAUCGAGAAUUGCUGUUUUGGAACAACAAAAGUUGAAAAAUUUGUACCCAAAGGCACAGGUUAAAGUUGUUCCUCAGGUGGGACAUUUUUUACAAAGAGAGGCACCAGAAGUCGUUGCGGGAUUGAUUGCUGAUUUUUUAGAGUCUAUUUAA